UCCCAAGACUUUAGGUGGCCGGGCUGCUGAGCUCAGACACUGGGGAUGAUGUCGAGCUUCGGGCGCUACAGUCAUGCGGUGGUGCGCGGGAUUUCGGACUCGCUUGCGGACGGCGCGCUGCGGAUGAGCCACGAGGGCAAGCCGGUGGACGCGGCGCGGGCCCGGCAGCAGCACGAACACUACGUGCGCACGCUGGGCUCCCGGCUCGGCCUCAAAGUGCUGGAGCUGCCGGCCGACGAGCAGCUGCCCGACUGCGUGUUCGUGGAGGACACGGCGGUGGUUUGCGGGGACACAGCGCUACUGAGCCGGCCCGGGGCGCUCAGCCGGCGGGGAGAGGUGGAAAGUACAAAGAAAGUUCUAACUCAGCUUGGUCUUAAUAUCGUGGAAAUGGUUGAUGAGACGGCAACGCUCGAUGGUGGUGACAUCCUGUUCACAGGGAAAGAAUUCUUCGUGGGCCUUUCAAAUAGAACCAACCAGCGUGGUGCGGAGAUUCUGGCCGACGUUUUUAAGGACUAUGCUGUCUCCAAAGUCUCUGUCAAAGGGGCGCUACACCUGAAAAGUUUCUGCACGAUGGCUGGUCCGGGACUCAUCGCCAUUGGCUCCAGUAAUCAGGCUCAGAAGGUGCUCACGAACAUGCAAGAGAUGAGUGAACAUCGCUACGACAAGCUCACUCUGCCUGAUGAUGAAGCUGCCAACUGUGUCUAUCUCAACACCCCGGAGCAUGGGCACGUCCUCCUGCACCGCUCUGCCGAGGAACACCCCGAGAGUGCAAAGGUGUUCGAGAAACUGAAGGAUUAUCUGCUGAUUCCAGUCGCCAACUCUGAAUUGGCCAAAGUUGAUGGGGGGCUAACCUGCUGUUCCAUCCUCUUCAAUAAAGGGGCUUGAGAAAUACAAUGAAUUGAUUUUACAAGAAAAAAAGGGGCGGUACUUUUAGUUUGGCAAUAAUGUGAUGGUAGAUUAACAGAGCCCAUCUGGAUUACACUGCCCCCUGUUUCUUUUGAAUGCUCUUUCCUCUCCUCUCCUGCUUUAUACUGCAAUCAGGUGGCUCUUUAUCGCCAUCUGGUGAUUAAAACCACUUAGAACCUUCCACUGAAUGAACAACCAUUAACUUACAAAUGAUAACAGGGUGAAUUAAAUUAUAUACAAAAUAAUUAAUAUAGAUUUAGUUUAAAUACUGCAGUUGAUUAUUUUGUGUAGGUUUUGAUUUUAUAUACUAGGUUCUAGAACAGAGAACAUGUAAAAUUAUGAGGGUAUAGAUAGGGUUAAUGCAAGCAGGCAUUUUCCUUUGAGCUUGAGUAAGACUAGAACUAGAGGUCAUGGGUUAAGGGUGAAAGGUGAAAAGUUUAAGCGGAACAUAAGGGGUUACUUCUUCACCCAGAGGGUAGUGAGAGUGUGGAAUGAGCUGCCAGUAGAAGUGAUGGAUGUGGAUUUGAUUUCAAUAUUUAAGGGUACGUUGAUGGGAGGGAUAUGGAAGGCUAUGGUCCAUGAGUGGGUCGAUGGGACUAGGCAGAAUAACAGUUCAGCAUGGUCUAGAUGGACUGAAGGACCUACUUCUGUGCUGUCGUCUUCUAUGACUCCAUAGAACAUAGAGUUACAGCACAGUACAGGCCCUUUGGCCUAUGAUGUUAGGCCAGCCUUUUAACCUGCUCCAAGACCAGCCCUCCAUGUUUCAGUCACCCAUGUGCCUAUCUAAGGGUCUGUUAAGAGUCCACACACCCAGCAUUCUCUGUGUAAAAAACCUAUCUCCGACAUCCCCACUAUACUUUCCUCCAAUCACCUCAAAUUGAUGCCGGUCGUAUUAACCACGGACAACAAUGGACAUCUUCCUUGGCUUUGAACCACUUCCACAUUAAUAAGGCACAAGACAAGAUUUCUCCACACUUGACUUCAUUCCAUUAGAGGCACACACUGUGAAAUUAUGGAGCUGAGUUGUGAAGUGUUCCUAGUUCCUUCUGCUAUCGACUUUGUCUGCAUUCCAGCGUAUUUGUAUUAUGUUAGUGUAGCCUUUUGCAAGGUGUCAGGUUCCAAAGAUGUCAUUGCAUUCAGCUUGGUCACAGGAAGCCUCCUUGUUCCCGCUUUUGCCAAAUGAUUUCUUGACGUAGUUUUCACUGAUCACCCCCCGCUUCAUACUGAAUAAAUAAAAAUCAAUAUCAAACCUGCAUUAAA